GAUAUGCUCCAGUUCUUGGCCCAGUGGGAGGGCAAACUUGUUGCUUGUAGCAGCCGAGAUCUUUACCGGACGUUGAACUCCUUCGGCAUCACCGAAGCAGAACGUUGCCUUGCUGAAGCGAGACAACUACGUGCAAGGAGCGUGGAAGAACAAACGCUUCAGCUUCAAGAAGGCCGUGGAAGACUUCUGCAAAGGGUGAUGAUCUCCGGCGGGAAGUGGGAUAGCUGUCAUGGCUCUAUCCGACAAGCCUGCCAGGACGGCCAUUACAUGGUGCUAGUUUAUUCAAGCAUGGGACUCCAGAACCUCAAAGCCAAACAUCUGCACCGUGUUCCUUGGUGCGGCAUGUCAAUCCCCCGUCUGGACGAGAUACGAGAAGAAAUGAUGCGUCAUACCCA